GCAAAGUUAAGUCUCAUUUAUUUCUAUCAAGAAUUAUGGCAGAUGAUAAAAAUUAUUCUCAAGUGGAAAAGCUUUUAACAAAAUUUAAUAUAGAAGAAUUCAAUUAUUCUCAAUGUAAAAACCGUAAACUAAUUGGGCGUGGAGGCUUUUCCCUAGUAUAUUCUAUCGUUUACCAUGAAAAGUCUUAUGCUUUAAAGUGUCUAAAUAAUAACCUGGGUUAUGAUGAUAAAUCGGUUAAGUUAUUAGAGCGUGAGCUUAGACUUCAUAAAAUUGAUCAUCCAAACGUAAUAAAAUUCCAUGGAAUUACAAGAGCCUUAGAAAUUGGAAAAGGUCUGCGAGAAAAAACAAUUGAUAAUACACCUUCAAAUUAUGUUAAUCUCUACAAUAAAUGCUGGUCUUUUGAACCAUCCCAGCGUCCAUCACUAGAAUUUGUUUUGAAUGAACUUGAAACACUACAAACGGAGGAUGUUACACAUAUUGAACAUGAACUAUUUAUUGAUCAAUUUGAUUUGAAUAAAGGUAGGAAUUAUAUUAAUCAGGAUCUCGUUCUUGAAACAGAUUCUGUAGUAGGAAACAAUGGAAAUUUAAAAAAAGAAAAAAUAAAUCUGCCGAUUCCAAUUAUCUAUUUACCUAAAGAAACUGGGAUAGAAACUCAAUAUAAUGAUGUACAAAUCCACAUUCCAAUCUUAACUUUACAUUACCAAUGUGAUGCGACAAAAGAAUUUGUUCAAGAUAUUAGAGAUGCAAUUGAGCAUUUAGAUUCAACUGAGAGAAGCAGGGUGUUAGAAGAAAAGUUUAAUGAUUAUGGUAAUUACUUAGUCACGUCUGCAACUGUUGGGGGUAUUAUUACAAUUAAAAAUUGGUCUGAAAUCGAUGAUGCAAAUAGAUCGCGCUUAAAAACCUAUCUUCAAUGGAGCAUUGAAUAUGCAAAGGGUAUAAGAUUAAAAAACUUUGAAGAUGCAUUGAUUGACGACUUGAAUGUAUAUAUAAAUUCCAAAAAGGUGCAAAAUGCCGGGGACUUAUUCAGAUGGAUUAAAGAUCUAUAUAAUUAUGAGUGCUUAGAAAUUAUAUCAUAUGAAAAAUUUAAGCCGACAUAUCAAUUAUUACCGGAAGAUUUGGUUCAAAAAACAUUAGAAUAUUCUAAUAUUCAACAUAUUGAUGAGUCAGAAUUGAUUUCAAGAACUCACUCUCAAUAUGAUAAAAAAAGUGUUUUGGAGUGGGUAACAUCGUCGAAACUCCCAUUAAUGUUAUCGUCAAAACUCCCAUUAAUGUUAUAUAUAUGUGAUUGGAUUCAAGACUAUUCAUUAAAUUAUGGUAUAAUUUUACAGCGUUCAAAAUUGGGACGAGCUAAGAAGUCUGCUUUUAAAUUUUUAAGGGAACCUAAAAUAACUCAAAUAAAUAAAAUUACUAUCAUCUUAACGCAACCUAAGACUCGUCAAGAAGCUUAUUUAUUAGAAAAUGGUAUUAUUUUAAAGGAAGAGGAUGGAAUAGAACUUGAUAAAAUUCCUUUUACUGAGCAUAAUUUAAUACCUGACAUUCCUUUGGAAAACUUUAAGAACACUAAAAAGCAAUUUUCUAAUGCAAUUUAUUGCCAAAUCAUUUUUCAUACAAUAAAGAUUUCUUUUGAUCUAUCAGAUAUUAAAUAUUUACCAGAAUUUUUAAAUGCGGUAGAUUCUACACUUCAGGACCAAAAUGAACCAUCUAAAUCUGAAACUCUUCGCAAGUUAUUCGGCGAGGAUUAUGGACAUUUAUUACCGAAAACUUUAACUUUAGGUGGAGUUUUAUCAAAAAAAUAUAUAUCAAAUAAUUACCCUGCAAACAUUCCAACGCAACAAUUAGAUCUCAAAGACGAUGAUCCUGAUAUACAUCAAAAAAUCGAAAAUCUUUUAGAAAUAUGGAAUAAAGAAUUUAAUGAUGUUAAUACUUCAUAUUUUCUUAAUAAUGAGGGUGAUAUUAUUUAUCGUAAUAAUAUCGGUGAUUGGAUAAAAACUCUUGCUGCUGAACCAAAGAGUUGGAGUAUUGUCUCUUUGGAAGAUUGGAUGCAAAUAUAUAAG